UGCAUAUUCAAUUUGUUGCUCCCAUGCCAUCCAUCUCAAUAAAUUAACAUGACCACAACACAAUCUUGGAGUGGAAACUCCAUAUCAUCUCUCCCUACAAACUCUCCACAGCAUCUCAGCCACCACCACAUCAAGCGCAUGAACAAAAGUACCGAGACAAAUGCAACCACCCGGAAAGCCGAAUCUCCAGCCGGAGAGUCAAAAAAGACAAACCACGCACGCAUUCCACAUGACUCAGACAUUUCAUCGAACACCUCCCCUGCACAUAUAAUAAACCCCACUCCUCCGAACCCAAUCCCCAUCAUCAAAUCAUCUCGAAAGCAGCAAGCAUUAAUUAACCACCAGACCACGUACACCAUGAGUCCUCUUCGCUACUCGGCAGCCGUGGGUAUCUUGGUCGUAGCCACCAUCGUCGGAGUAAUGGGCGCCAACGAGCCGGCGCCGCCGGCGUGCUCCACGGUGUACGACGAGCUGCAGCCGUGCAUCCCGUACUUCACCGGACGCGGGGACCCGGCGAAGGAUUGCUGCAGCGGGGUGAAGGCGCUGCAGCCGUACUCCAAGGCGAAGUCGAAUCGUGUGGCGAUCUGCCAGUGCCUGAAGUCGAUGGUGAAUUUGGUCCCGGGGGUCGAUUUGUCAGCCGCGUCCAAGCUGCCCAAGAAGUGCAACGUCAACGUCAAGCUUCCCAAGCUCUCUCUAGACAUCGACUGUUCCAACUCGCCGAAGCUCCACUCUCAACUUUCCACGACUAAUUUGUUGGCCUGGACUCCAAUUCAAUUCACCUUCCCCAAACCUACUGAGCUCCAAAGCAGCCAAGCAGAUGGUCGCCCAUCUCAAAAGGGAAUGGGGAAUGUGCAUCAGCAUCGGUUCUUUGGAAACUGCUCUGGCAAUACAACUGCUCUGGGUCUGUAUCAUGGCAUAAGACGUAGUGGGUUUUUGCUUCCAUCAAUUAUUGGACCAUCUUCUGCCCGGUAUAUGUCCACGGCCAUUGGUGAAAGUUCAGACAAGAUUGAACUGAUCAGCGAUGUUACUGAGGUUCUUACAGAAACACCCAUUGAAGCUGUCGCUAGCCAAGCUGCUGGUGUUAGUGAAGUUGCGGUUGCUGCUGCUGAUUCGUUCUUGCCUAUUAAAGUCCUUCAGCAUUGCGUUGAUGCAGUCCAUACUUUUACUGGUUGUAACUGGUUUCUGUCCAUCGUUUUAACAACUCUGAUCCUAAAGACAGCAACUCUUCCCUUCCUGAUAAUUCAUCUUAAAUCUAACAUAAAGCUUUUUCUUUUGAGACCGCAGCUGGAGCAGAUUGAGAAAGUCAUCCGAGAUGAGAGUGCAGAGCCAGAGGCUAUUCAUGAAGGCCAGAAAACAAUAGAGAAGCUUUACGAGGAACAUGGUAUUACUCCUUUUACUACGUGGAAAUGGUAUUUCAUUCAGGGUCCUGUUUCCGUUUGUUUUUUCCUUGCGAUUCAGAACAUGGCGGAAAAAGUGCCUUCCUUUAAAAAUGGCGGAGCAUACUGGUUCACCGAUCUGACUACUCCGGACAGUAUGUACCUACUUCCGGUUUUGAUCGGAUUGGGUUACUUGACAUCAGUUGAGGCCAUAUGUGGCUAUUGGUUAACAUACAGCUCCUUCUCAGUGUUGUGUGGUUUGGCGACCAAGCUUUCUGCGGUGAAGAAAUUGUUGGGGUAUCCUGAAAUAGCCAUGCCACCCACUGCCACUACAGCUACGCAGGCACCCUUCAACCUGUUUUCAACACCCAAACUGGAUGAAGAAAUGGAAGAGGAAGUGCCAUCGGUGUCAUCCGACGAAUCAUCAUCGUCAGCAAAGACAUCCAGUUGUAGAGCGUCAUCAUCUUGCAAGGAGUAAUACAGCGAUUAUGUUCAUGAACCGACGAAGUGAUCACGCAGAGGAACACAAAGGUUCCGCGGCGUGUUUCAUCUAUGGUUGCUCACAUAUGACAGCAUUUUAGAGGAGGACGAUAGAGGUGUUUAGCUUGAAAAAAUGAUACCCCGUUUGGAAGAGUCACACGGCUAAAGGGCAGGAGGGGGAAGAUUAAUGCCCUGUUGCAGAAGAAGCUAAUGACAUAGAAAUCAAAACAUAGCUCUGUUUAGGACUUAAGUUGUCUAGUAUACUAUUUUCUGUUUCGUUUGUUGAAUUAGCAAACUAUUAAUGAUAAUUUUCACCAAACUACCAAGUCAUUAUCAGUUUAAUUAACUCGCAGG